GGCGGGGCACGCUACGCUUUUGUUUUUGGUCGCCUAACCAAAGGGAUUCUGGAAGUUUCUGGACGGGAUCGGGGAGUGAGUGCGGCUAGAGCGGGGCUGGGGAGCAGACAUGUUCGGGUGCCUGGUGGCCGGUAGGCUGGUGCAGACAGAUGCCCAGCAAAUAGCAGAGGAUAAGUUUGUCUUUAACUUGCCUGACUAUGAAAGCAUCAACCACGUGGUGGUGUUCAUGCUGGGGACCAUCCCGUUCCCGGAGAGGAUGGGCGGCUCCGUCUACAUCUCUUACCCCGAUCACAGCGGCAUGCCUGUGUGGCAGCUGCUUGGCUUUAUUACCAAUGAAAAGCCCAGCGCCAUCUUCAAAAUUUCUGGCUUAAAAUCUGGGGAGGGCAGCCAGCACCCAUUUGGAGCCAUGAAUUUACCCCAGACCCCUUCGGUGGCACAAAUAGGAAUCUCGAUUGAACUGCUUGAGCAGCUGGCACAGCAGACCCCAGUAGCCAAUGCGGCAGUGUCCAAUGUGGACUCCUUUACUCAGUACACUCAGAAAAUGUUGGACAACUUCUAUAAUUUUGCCACGUCCUUCACCAUAUCCCAGGCACAGAUGACCCCUAACCCUUCGGAAGUCUUUAUACCGGCCAACGUGGUCCUCAAAUGGUACGAGAACUUCCAGCGGCGCCUGGCACAGAACCCCUUCUUUUGGAAGACGUAGAGCGGCAGCUUCCAUCACCGGUUCCCUUGCUGGAAAGCAACAUUUCGUGCCACACGUU